AUGACUGGCUGCCUGAAGCGGGGGUCGGCACAAAUCACUCGCUGCAAUUUCGUCCCUCGCCCUUGCCCAGUACCCCAUAGCACCGCAUUCCUCCGACACCAAGCUCAUCUGGUGUACGAUUUGCGGUUUCGAGCAUUAAGGAUAGCUUCUAAUCGACCGACAGACGUGCUCUUAAUUUCUAAACCCCCUUCAACUGUCUCCCCUCGCCCUUCAUCUUGGCUGGCCGGACGUGGCACCGAUGGAGCUCCUCAACAUCAUCUCCCAAAGGCAAACUGUGUAGCCGCCACGAUAAUUCCCACCUGCCCUUACGUUUGUUCGACACUUCAGUCAAUAUCCCAUCAAUAA